AUGUCACAUCUCGGUGACGGUAACGAGUCGGGAUUUUACGGCUGCUACUUGUUACAGAGCGAAGCGUCACCAAAUGUUGGCUAUAUCGGAUUUACAGUUAACCCUCGGAGAAGGAUUCGACAGCACAACGGGGAGCUGAAUAAUGGAGGAGCACAUCGGACGAAGCGGCACAGGCCUUGGAAGAUGUUGUUGGUUUGCUAUGGAUUUAGCAGUCAAGUUCAGGCAUUACAGUUCGAGUGGACGUGGCAGCAUCCCAGGUUAUCACGACUCACUCGAGAAGGUCUAGCCAACAUAGGUAAAGGCCUGACCAAGCGUGGGCGUCAGAGGACCAAUAACGUCCAUGACAGCCUUGCACUGGUCAUCGGCAUGCUUCACUUACCUCCAUGGUCCCGCAUGCCGCUCGUGCUCAACGUCCUCGAGCCCGGGGUGGCUAGCGCUGUAGAAACUAAAGUAGCGGAGUUCAGGGCUGCGAGAGGUGAAGCGGCCUCGAGCGCAUGUUUCCGGAUAGAACACUUACCUAUAGAAGUUCUCCAUCGAACUCAUGUUGCAGGGAGUUCCCAGGCGCUCGUAGACGAGGCAGACAGUCGCAAUCAUUGUUGCUGUGUCUGCAUGCAAGCCUUCACGGUGGGGGUCACCAAACGAGCGGUAUGUUUGUCCUGUCGGACUUCUUCACACAUCACAUGCAUCGCUUCUGAAGGAUGCUGUGAUCCUACUGGAUCCCCGGUGCUUGAUGCAGAAGACCGACUUAUCCCGGACUUUGUGAAAUGCCCUGUUUGCGACGAUGUCUCCAAAUGGGGUGAUCUACUCCGUACAGUAGGAGUCUAUCAAAGACAGCCCGAGACUCUUGGCAGCAGCGAUGAGGAAGAUGAGAACGACCUGGACGAGAACGAAUUUGAGAUUGAGGAAUCUUCGAUGGAUGUGUCGCCUGACAGAUUCCCAUAG